AUGUCUUUCCUAAUACUCGGCUCGGCGUUACCCUUCGUGGCUAUCUUUUUGCUUCUUGGAGCCUUCUUGUUCCAAACUUUGUACAUAAUUUUCACGGGAGGUCUUUCGAAAGUACCGUCCGCUCACUGGACUUGCUCCUUCAGUCCCGUUUGGAUUCUUUGGCAGCGCUACCAUGGGAAGGAAUUGAAAGCUGUUCUUGCAGCUCAUGAAAGGCUGGGCAAAAUUGUACGAGUUGCCCCGCAAGAGAUCAGCAUCAGCGACUACGAGACUGGCGUUCGUCAAGUCUACAACGCCGGGUUUGAAAAGCCGGGAUACUUCGACUUCUUCCAAUACUAUGGACAGCGAAACUCUUUUGCCAGCCGGAGCCGAGCAGACCAUGCCGCAUGCCGCCGACGAGUCUCCUCGUCUUACUCCAAGACGACACUCUUUGCUUCCGAAACGCUGAGCAAAGUGACUCACAACAUCAUGUACCAACGUCUCAUCCCAGUUCUCCAACAUCACUCUGCACACGGACAACCGGUAGAGCUUCUGAGACUCUGUUAUGCCUCAGGUUUGGACAUGCUCAACUGUUACAUUUUGGGUCUUUCCAGCGGUCCCGACUUCACUCGAAACCCUGAGUUGACAGAGAAAUGGCUAGAGCACUACGAGAACAGAUACAGUCCCCAGGGGUUUUGGCUUCAGGAACUCCCCAAACUGUAUCAUGGGCUUCGUAAGAUCGGACUCGAUGUGAUGCCUCGUAAGCACUAUGAAUCGACCGAGUGGAUUGAGAACUGGAUGCUGGAGCAUUGCGACAGGUCUGAAGCAGUCUAUCGACGCAUGCAGAACGGAGAGCAGCCUGCUGCAGAAGACAUCCCAGUCGUGUACAAUCAACUACGAAAGGCAAUGUCUAACUUAAAAGACGGCAAAUUCCUCGAUAUGCAGGCGUCGGAAGAGCUAUCGAGAAUCUCCAUCGCCAGUGAAAUCUUUGAUCACAUGUCCGGCGCUCGCGAGGUCUUUGGCCUUGUUCUUGCCUACGCGGUUUACUAUCUUGCUCAGAAUCCAGCGCAGCAAGAAAUGUUGAAGCAUGCGGUUGCCGGACUCGGAAUGCACGUAAACCAAGUCGGUAACAGUGACGCUGAUAGUCUGCCUUCGCCUCAAACUAUUGAGUCAAUUGCAUAUUUGCAGGCUGUCAUCAAGGAGUCUCUGCGUAUGAGACCCAACAGCACCCCGCUACCACGCAUCACACCUCACGAUAAAUCUGUGAGCAUCUCAGGAGUCGACGGUAUUCCAGCGGGUACUCGGGUCAACUGUUUCCAAUGGUUUUUGCACCGGAACCCGGAGAUGUGGACACAGCCGAACGCCUGGGUUCCUGAACGCUGGCUGGACCCGAAUGGCGCAGAAAGGACCGAUAUGCCCCCCCUCUGGGCCUUUGUCACCGGUCCGAGAGCUUGUAUCGGAACACAACUGACAUACUAUCUGUUUGGAUACAUUUUGGCUGGUCUGUUCUCCAACUUCAAUGUCCAAAUUGCCCGCCCUGAGACCUACGGUCGUCACACACCUGGAUCUCUGGAAGACGAACUCUUUGUCUUGAUGACACCGAUUGCUGCAUAG